AAAGCUCCGGCUCCUCCUCAAAGCUGCCCCUCCGGACGCCCCGGCUUUCCCUGCAGCCUCCGCGGCUCGGCGGAAGCUGCUUUGGCCCGCGUCAGGUGUCCUCGUCGCCAAACCGAGCCCACUGCCGGCUUAGAGGAUGCGCGGAAGGCGGAGACUGGCAGCCAGGGGAGGGAGAAGAUGGCGGUGUCUGAGAUUUGGAGUACAUCCUGAAAUAAGAGGAAUAGGAUUGCUUCAACCUUCUUGCUCCUUCUCCUCCUUAGGCUCCAAAUAUCUGUGCUGAAUGUUGCUGGAAGUACGUGAGGCCAUGGCAGAUGAUGAUGUGCAACCAUCCAUACCAAAAAAGUGUGGCCCAUACAUUUCUUCAGUUACCAGCCACGGCCUGAACUUGUUGCUCCGUGGGGUAGUCCUCUUUUUAAUUGGAGUCUUCCUCGCAUUAGUAUUAAACUUGCUACAGAUCCAGAGGAAUGUCACCUUGUUUCCACCUGAUGUGAUUACAAGUAUCUUCUCUUCAGCUUGGUGGGUGCCACUUGGCUGUGGAACAGCAUCAGCUGUGAUUGGGUUAUUGUACCCCUGCAUGGAUAGACAUCUGGGAGAACCACAUAAAUUUAAGAGGGAAUGGUCAAGUGUGAUGCGAUGUGUAGCGGUCUUUGUGGGUAUAAAUCAUGCCAGUGCUAAAGUGGAUUUUGCCAACAAUAUCCAGUUAUCCCUCACACUUGCUGCGCUUUCAAUUGGGCUAUGGUGGACAUUCGAUAGAUCUCGAAGUGGUUUUGGCCUGGGAAUAGGAAUUGCAUUUCUAGCCACAUUGGUGACUCAGCUUCUGGUCUACAAUGGAUUUUAUCAAUACACAUAUCCUGACUUUCUUUACGUGCGUUCCUGGUUACCCUGUAUAUUUUUUGCUGGUGGAAUAACUAUGGGAAACAUUGGCAGGCAGUUGGCAAUGUAUGAAUGCAAAGUUAUUGCAGAAAAGUCUCAUCAAGACUGAAAAGAGCAAAGCCUACCUUUCUCACAGAAGGAUAAAUGACAGACGGGGAAGAGCGCACACCAAGGAGUACUUGAUUAUAAAUUGCCAAACAGCCAUCUCCCUUUCCUGUUUCUUCUUCUGCUCUCAUCCCUAUACCCAUGGCCUGUUCAAUCUGCAAAAGGCACACUGUUUACUGCAAUCUGUGAUUGCUUCAUCUGUAGGUCACUUGAAAAUCUUGGCAUCUUAGGAUGCGAUCAGUGUGAAAGUGCAUUAAAAUGCAAUGUGCUGGACAGGAUGCUGGCUUAUGGAUAGGAGCCUUUACUUUCUGAACUAAGCUAGGGUUGCCCUAUGCCACCCUCCUCUUUGCAUAAUGUUCCCGUGCCAAACCAGACUUUUUUUUUUAACCCUUCCCUUCUGGCUGCAUUUCUUUUUUUUUGUUUACUUUGACAAUUUGAGGAAUUUGGUGUUCUUAGAUUGUCACCACGUUAUUAGUUUUCUGGCCAGAGUGAUGUAGAAGUGGCCUGAAAUUAAAUUAAAUGAAAAAUAUAAUCCCAUGCUGCGACUACAGUAGGUAAACAAUAAAUAAAUCCACAGGUCAGUUGCACAUUAGGUACAGCCAGCUUGAACUGUCAUGGCACACUUGCAUCGUGGGUUGAUUGCACAUUGGAUGUAAAACCAACUUGCAAUGUCUUUGCCUGCAGUGUGUUAAGGGUGGUGCGCCUCUGUAAAUAGGUACAUCCUGUUGUAGGACUCUAUUCUACACCAGCCUCAAUAGAGCUGUGAUUGCAAAUAUGACCUGAAUGAAGUGCUAAGUCAUUUGUGGAUGAUAUAGCCUCAUUCUGAAAAUAGGAAAUCCAAACUUCUUUAAGUUUGUUGAAAUAAGCCUCAAUCUAUUUGUAUCAAGUUUCACUCUUAAUCCAUACACAUAAGCUUGGGUAUUUGCAUGCAUUCUGAUGACAGAAGGCACAAUCUGUUGUGAUGUUCUCCUAUAUAGGCCCCAUGGAAACGAAUAAAUGGGAGUGUUCUUGUAGAAUUGCCAUAUGAAUAAGAGAGGAUCUCAGUGGAUUAUGCGUGGUCAAACAGACUAAGACCAGAUUAUGAUGUGGCCUCAACACACUAUUAUAUAGCUGACUCUUGAGACUGGGGGAUCAUUGGGUUGAGGUGAGAGGGAAUAGCUUCCUGGUGAUGAAGCCCAGGAAUUGCUGAUAUAAAUAGAAGCAUAAGUUGAAUCUAUUCUAAAAUUGGCCAAUUUCAUUGCAUCUAUCGUGUUCAUUUAGCCCAAGUAAGCUACUGCUUUUCUUUUAAAAACAUAAUUCCUUUUUAUAAAAGAUUCUGUGAGAUGUUUUAGAAAAUAUGCUACAUUCAGUUGAAGAGGCUGAAGUUGGUCCAAAGAACAAAUAUGUUUAGAUAAACUGUUUUAUUUUUCUUUAGUAAUGUAUAUGUUGUGUUCAUUUAAAAGUGGAACAGGCAAGCUAAACAGCAUUUUUGAGGCUUGCACACUAAUACAUGAAGAAUAUGCAAUGAAAGAUUUCAACAAAAAAGCUUUUAGAAGGAAAAUGUGCAAUCAGUAAGGCUUAAAAAAGCAAAUAAUAUGCAAAAUGCCAGUAGCUCCAACUUUCCACUACCUGUUGAAACAGUGUACCAUUGCACUGCAAUGUUUCGAACCUGGUUGUAAUGUUAUUAGACUGAAUAUUAGAAAUCACUUAAGUAUUAGUGGGUCUCCUGAUAUGUCCCUCCCCUCAGUGAAAUGCAUAGCACAAUGUAUAUGUAGAUGGUUUAAUUUUAAAACAUCUCCUUUAAUAGAGUGAAUGUCAUCUAAUGUCACUCCAUAAAGCAUAUGGAGAUGCUUUAAAAUUAAACAGAACUAAGUAUUCUGGUUCUGAUUCAGCAUAGCUCAUAACUAUAUCUCUGAUUCUGCUGAUUCAUAUUUAUGAGUCAACCUAAUUGUUUAAAGUAUUUGUCUGAGCUUAUUCAAAUUGUAGCUUGAGAAUAUUUUGGAGGCUUGGAUCUGGCAAUUUGGCCCUCACACAAGAAUUUAGGGAUUAAAUCAGAGCACUACUGUGAAAAGGACAAAUAAAGGUGUAUGUGUGUAAAGGUAAAAGAGCUGCACUGGAGAUUGCUAACUUACCAUUUUCAGGGCAUUGAUUGUGUCCUCCACGGCCUUCUCAUUUGAUGGGUAGGGCUUGAAAUGAAUCAUCAAAGAGCUAGUGUGUGAAGUUAUAAAAGAUACCAUCUUCAGCUUUGUGUUUCUAGCGUAGGCAACUCUUGUGGUAGCAAGCUGCUUUAGAGUGAAUCAGGCUUCUGAUUUGCUCCAGAGUUUACUGGAUCUAGUUGGCAUGCAAUGUGAAUGGAAUCAUGAAGUCAAGAGGGCCGUUGGCAGCUCAGCUUAUAGUGUGGCAUAUCUUAGCUGUGAUGAUGGCUGCCCAUGGUUUUGGUAAUUGAAAGUUAUGAAUACCACUGUAUUCUGUAACAGACUCAGUAAACUUUGGGGGACUUGACUGAUUGCCAUUUCAAGACUGACUUGCUUUUGUAUCGCAUGGUCUUUGCACCCAAUUGUAAAGAAGGGCUUCGUUGAUCUUGCUGAAGGAGUCCAAGACAGUUUAAAUGUCAUGCUAAAUCUUAAACACAUGAAGACAUAGCUCUCAACCUUUGCAUAUUAACUUGAAGAUGGAGAUUGACACCUUUGUAUAUUAAUCUACUCACCGGGCAUCAUUGUGAGCUGUGUUUUGCUGUGCAUCAGUGGUAACACAUGGUCGUUUUAAAAAUGCCACUUAGAAUAUUCUGUAUGACUCUUCAAUUUUUAAGUCAAUGAUGCAAAGUCUAUCUAUCAUUCCAAAGUCAUUUUGGUUAUCUACUGUUUUCUGUUAAGUUGUUUUUAUUUAAGAAAACUUGCGUUGAUUUUAUGUAUCUACCAGCCAGUACUGGAAGCUUGAGAGGAGAGCUUUGUAAUGGGAAUGCCUUAAUUACAGUGGUGGGAAGAGGCAGCUACUGUAUAAUGUGUAAUUAUAAUAUUAGACUGUCUUCAAAAUGUUCUAUAGAGGAUGAAUAAGGUAUAUUUUAGAUAAAACUUUAUAAGCACUAUAAACUCUUCACUAGUUGUGAAUUGUAAAGGUUGAUGAUGUUUACUUCUUCAAAUUGCUGUUAAAAGCAAAAUAUGUAUUAAAUAUAAUUAUAACAUUGAA